AUAUUUUACAUUGAUUUACAGUAAAGUAAUAAUCGGUAACCGCCUAUCUUCCAAAAUAAACACGAGCUAAAGUUCAUGUUUCUAAACAGAAGGCCGUAGAAGACCUGUUUAGGAACAUGAAUGUUUCGCCUUUGAUUCAUUUCUCCUUUUUCCAAAGUGACCACCAGAUGUCUUCCUCUAAAACUGAACUGGAUUAUUACAUCAUUUCAUUAAUAUUCAUGAACCAAGCUGAAAGGUUUAGAUAGUGCUUUCCCACUUUUCACAUCAGUCUGUGUCCCUAGUCACUAGAACACACGGCACAAAAUGUUGAUGCUUACGGCUCUUUUAAUGCUCUUUACACAGUCCACACAAGGGCAAGACUUACUUUCCCCACAAAUCAACAUUCUUGAUGAACUUGGCAAGAUAAAAACCUUGGAACAAACUAUGAAAUCGAUGGAAACUGAGCUGGAAAGACUAAGGGUAGAAAACAAAGCACAGGCCGACAUGUUGAAGUCUUUGUGUGAUGCAAUGAAUGACACAAAUAUUAAAGUGGAUGAACUAAUAAACCAAAAUGCAGCUUCAAAAGUGGCUUUCUCAGCAUCUCUUGUGAGCAGUCACGGACCACACAACAUUGGACCUGUGUUUGGUGAAUUUCACACCCUGGUGUACAACCAUGUCUAUCUCAAUACUGGAAACGCCUAUGAUUCCAACACAGGAAUCUUCACAGCGCCAAUCAGAGGAGUCUAUGCGUUCAGGGUCUUUUCCAAAGCUCAUGGAGAUCCAGAGAAAGCUCUUACUGCAGGCCUGUUUAAAAAUGACCAGCAUAUAUUUUCUACACACGCAUAUCAACGCUCCGGCUUCAUCAGCUCUUCAAAUGGUGUUUCUCUGCUUCUAGAAAAAGGCCAUGAGGUCAAAGUAAAUCUCUAUCCGCGCAACUGGAUCUUUGACAACGGUGAACAUCAUCACAGCACAUUCAGUGGACACCUGCUUUUUCAAAUGUAAUUU